ACAUUUAGAAUUAAAAAGAGUAACUAAAUAGCGUAAAAAUCCGGAUAAAGCAACAAUAAAAAAACAGAGAAAGUGUGAGACGAGACAUUAAAAUAAAAUUUUUGGUGUUGAAAAAAGAAAAACAAAAAAAGAGAGUAACGGCUGCCACGGGCCACUAGCUUUGCAUGGAUGGUGUUGGUGUGGUAAGAGUUGUUACUACUUAGUAGAGUUGCCGCACACACACACCAAAGAUCACUCGCACAAUUACAAUUGAAAAAACAAAGAGAGACGUUUUUAGCUUUUGCUCUUCGUCUCUCUUUCUUCCUCCCUCUUCCACCGCCAUCUCCGCCGCCUCCGCCGCCGCCGCCGUCUUCCUCCUUCACAACCUUUGCCAUUCUACUUUCUCUCUCCUCCUCUAUAUCUCGCCGUUCUUUUGCUUUCGCCUAACUCUCUUUCCGCUUAUUUGGUAAAAAGGAGACAUGAGCUUUAGUUUGUGGUGUUCGUCAUCUUUGGAGGCGAAAAAUUCUCAUCCAGAGGGUUUUCGUUCCAACAGAACAAAAGUUCCUUUGCAUAAGGCAUCUGUGUUGCCGGUUAAAAAGGACAAGUUUCAUAAUUGUAGUUAUGAUGCUCAGAGAGCUGUUGUAGCCUCGUCGAGCCAUUUGGCUGCUGAAAAAUUGCAGGAGGUGUCCAAGACUAAGAAGAAGUGGGGAGAGAUGAAUGCGAAUCGGAAUUUGGAGUGUGUUAGGACUUUGUUGAUUGAUAAUUACGAUAGCUACACGUACAACAUUUAUCAAGAGCUGUCUGUCACCAAUAAGGUUCCUCCUGUUGUUGUGCGCAAUGAUGAAUGGACAUGGGAAGAAGCUUACUAUUACUUAUACGAGGAAAGAGCCUUUGAUAAUAUCGUCAUAUCACCUGGCCCUGGUUCUCCCAUGUGUGCUGCUGAUAUAGGGUUAUGCCUUCGACUGCUGCUUGAAUGUAGUGAUAUACCUAUUUUGGGUGUUUGCCUUGGACAUCAGGCCUUAGGAUACGUUCACGGUGCUCAGAUUGUACAUGCAGGUCAACCUAUUCAUGGACGCUUGAGUGAGAUUGAACAUGAUGGUAGUAGACAAUUUGACAACAUCCCUUCUGGGAGAAAUUCUGGUUUCAAGGUUGUUCGUUAUCAUUCUCUUGUUAUAGAUGAGGACACAUUACCAAGAGAACUUGUUCCCACAGCAUGGACCUGUUCAAGUAACACACUUUCUUUCCUUGAUACUUCUUACUUGAUUCCUGAUUCCUAUACUAACAAGGGAAUCCAGCAAAUGAGCAUAAAGUAUUCACCUGCUUAUCUUGGAAAUGAAAGUUCUUUACCCUCUCUUCAUGGAGACUGUGUAGAUAGUGAAAAAGUUCUCAUGGGUAUUAGGCAUAUCAGCAGACCUCAUUAUGGCUUGCAGUUUCAUCCUGAGAGUGUUGCAACCAAUUAUGGGAGGCAGAUGUUUAUGAAUUUCAGAGACUUAACUGUGGAUUAUUGGCAAGGAUUGGGGCAAUCAUCUUCUAAUAGAAAGUUAAAUGCAUGCAUGCAGAAACCUCAGACAGUUCAGCCCGUCCAGUUAUUGGCAAGGAGACCAUUUAUCAAUAAGGAGAAUCACAUAAGCCAUCCUAGUAUCAGCAAUCUUUUAAGUUUUUCGAGAAAGAGUUUGAGAGUUCAACACCUGAAAUUAAGGUGGUAUAAACUUGAUUCUCUUGCUAACAAAGUUGGUGGUUCGAAAAAUAUAUUUUCCAAACUAUUUGGAAAUUGCAACGCUGAAGAAACCUUUUGGCUUGACAGUUCAUCAAUAGAAAAGGGAAGAGCUCGCUUUUCUUUUAUGGGGACAAAAGGUGGAUCUCUAUGGAAGCAACUUACUUUCAAAUUGUCAGAUGAAAGAAAUGGAGGUCAUCUCUCAAUUGCAAAUGCUCAUGGCAAUGUUACAAACAUGUAUUUGGAAAAUGGUUUUCUUGAUUUCUUGGAGAAGGAUCUCUUAUCAAUUCAUUGUGAUGAUGAAGAUUAUCAAGGGCUACCUUUUAACUUUUGCGGUGGAUAUGUUGGUUACAUUGGGUAUAAUCUUAAAGUUGAGUGUGGUUCUGCAUCUAAUUCACACAAAUCUUCUGCUCCAGAUGCCUGCCUUUUCUUUGUAGAUAACUUUUUGGCAAUAGAUCAUCACAAUGGUGAUGUUUAUGCUGUGUCAUUAUGGGACAAAAGUUCAACUGAAUCGUCAUGGCUAGAUGAUAUACAGCUGAAGCUUCUUAGCUUGGAAUUUAGUGUUGCAGAUAUUAACAAUGAGCAACAAACCUGGCCUCCGAUGUUCUCUCCACUUAAAGCUGGCUUCACCUCCGAAAAAUCGAGAGAUCAGUACAUACAAGAUGUUGAGAAGUGCCUUAGGUACAUCAAAGAUGGCGAAAGCUAUGAGUUGUGUCUCACAACUCAGCUGAGGAAAAAUGUUGAAGAGGUAGAUCCUCUAAAUCUAUACCUCAGACUCAGAGAACAGAAUCCUGCACCGUAUUCUGCAUGGCUGAACUUCCCAAAAGAGAAAUUAUGCAUCUGCUGUUCUUCUCCAGAAAGAUUUCUGCAAUUGGAUAGAGAUGGUAUCCUGGAAGCAAAGCCAAUUAAAGGUACCGUCGCUCGAGGUUCAACGCCAGAAAGUGAUGAACAGCUUAAAUUGCAGCUUCAGUACAGUGAGAAGGAUCAGGCUGAAAAUUUGAUGAUAGUUGAUCUGCUCAGAAACGACCUUGGACAGGUUUGUGAUCCUGGUUCUGUUCAUGUGCCCCAUCUCAUGGAUGUGGAGACUUAUGCUACUGUUCAUACAAUGGUGAGUACAAUUAGAGGGAAGAAACAUGAAGAUGCAAGUCCUAUCAAUUGUGUCAGAUCUGCGUUUCCUGGUGGAUCCAUGACAGGUGCUCCGAAGUUGAGAUCCAUGGAGAUUCUUGAUUCUCUUGAGAGCUGUUCUAGAGGUAUUUAUUCUGGUUCUAUUGGUUAUUUCUCAGUUAAUGGGACAUUCGACUUAAACAUUGUGAUAAGGACAGUUGUUAUCCAUGAGGGUGAAGCUUCGAUUGGUGCUGGAGGUGCAAUCGUUGCUUUGUCAAAACCCGAGGAUGAGUAUGAAGAAAUGAUACUUAAAACUCGUGCCACCUCAAGGGCUGUCAUAGCAUGUGAAAUAAACUCUAUGUCUAGCGAAAUAACCAUCCAUGAAACUGCAAGCUGACAGGAAUUUAUACUUAUAGUUAUACAUCAGUGUUCUUUUAUAGUGGCCCCUGUUAGAAUGAGACCGACAAUAUAGAAAACAUAUACACAUAGGAAUAGUUCGAUAGGCAGAGUUUAGCAAAUAGUAAAGCAACUGAUUCUGCAUCAUUUGUUGGUGUUGUAAUGUAUCCGACUAAUCUCCAUAUGCAAGACCUUUAUAGAAAAAAGGAUGUCGUAAUUUAUUCAAUUGGCAGAUAAUCGUUUGCUGUGGUAUUGUUUAGGAUUACUCUUGAAAGGCCUGUAUCUCAAGAUUAACUGUCGCGUCGCGAAUAUCCAGUUGUUCUCCCCCUAUGGCCCUAUCCAACCCUCAGUCAGUCUCAUCAAUGCCUAACUGCAGGGUCUUACAAAGUAAAAAAAAAAAAAAAAAAAAAAAAAAAAAAAAAAAAAAA